GAUAUAAUGGUCAGCGCAGCGAACUGGUCCCAACUUGCGCUAACUUUGCUGGAAAGCGACGACGUGCAAAUUUAUUUGUUUCGUUUAUCUAGUGUUGCCACUUUUCCUACAUCCCAGACCUGCGAAACACGUUUGGCUUAAAGCUCUUAAGGCUAAGAACUGGCGAAUUCAGUCCUUAUCUUGAUUCCGCAGUACACAGCAACUGAUCCUGCAGAAUCCCUGUAGACCUAGGCCCAGAGCGAUCGCAGGGUUGGACGUCGAGGAACUGUUAGUGUUAUGGCCCUUUUGCCGAUUCAAAUCACCGAGCCCAAUCGACGGAGGCUGAGCACCCUGCUUUGGAUUGUGCACUGGAUAUGUGCCAUUUGUGGGCUGACUGUCAUAUCGAUUGGAGUGUACAUCAGGAUUCGUAUACGGGACAAGGUUAAUUUGAUUGAGGGGUACGACGGGAAAGCCCUGCCCUUGAUGCUGAUCAUUGUAGGGGGCAUCACAACCGUCAUCGACCUGGUUGGUGGAAAGCUAUGCGAAAGGAUAGCUGAUUUAUCUCAAAGGGAAAAAUUGAAGUCCUUCCUUCUUCCCUACCUCCUUGUCUUUCUCGUUCUCAAUGUCUGCAUCUUCGUGGCAGGAUGUAUGUGUUUUUCCCAUCGUUUUCACCUCCAUGAAUCUUUUGAUCGUGGAUUGGUGAAGGCCAUGGAGCAGUACAAGAACAAUGAAACAGUGAAAUAUGAGAUCAACCAGCUUCAGAUUGACUUUGAAUGCUGUGGAAAUAACGGCUACGAGGACUGGUUUGCGGUGCAGUGGAUCGGGAUAGAGUAUCUGAGCAACGAUCUUGCAGGAACGAUGACGGGCGGGCAGUACUUGAACGAUGACGCUCCAUACAGCUGUUGUAAAUCCGGGAUGCUACGGCCUUGCAUCCACCACCACGUCCACGACAACGACAGACACUACAACUACGACUACCGCGAGGGACUGACGCUCUACCAACGAGGUUGUAAGCACGCCCUCAUGGACUACUUCACGACCAGGCUGAACCGAAUCGGGUCAAUCAUCCUGGUAGUAUUUGUCUUAAAAUCUGUGAUUUUCAUAGUUCUGCGCUACCUUCAAACGUCCAUCGAAAACGCUUACAAAGAAGACGACCCUGAGGGCACGGCACCCGGCUGGCUCCUUGAAAACAUCCCCUAUUUCACAAAGCAGCCUGAUGCCGUCAAAGAAGAGGAUAAGGAACCGAUUUAUGAGAAUAUACGGUAAACAACUCCUGACCCUUGGUCAAGAAAGACAGAGGAGUCAACGACCUCUCUUUUUUUUUACAGACUGACUGUGUUUGAGAGGUCCUAAACUGUCUUUAAUAUCUACGUUUUAAGGAGCCAGUUCUUAGUAAGCAUUAGAAUUUGGUUUCAAACUUAAUGGCCAUCUUUUGCAACAGAAACGUCAUUGGGAAUAAUGAAAGUUUUGCAGGGCUUACACGUCAGCAGCCUUCCCAUAUUACCUGCCAAUGCCAUAUUCAGGCGGCCGGAAUGCUUACUUGCGAGAGAUUUUGGGGAGGGGACUUAGUACCUACAGGCUCACGAAUAGCCAAUACAUAUUAGAUGCAGAGCAAAGCAGACUAAAACUUGUCAGUAGAAAGUUUCUGCACAGCUCAUUUAAGCGCUAGCCAAAUUCAGGGGAGAGAUACCGAGGAGAACAUAUUGCUCAGCCAAUAUGUGUAGGGAGCAAAAGUAAACUGUGAACCAGUCACAACAUUUUGACUGGUAACUCGCCUUUGCUAAUCAGAAAUUUCCUUGCUUAGCAGAUUUAUGAGCUCAGCAGCUGCACGGAACACGCCAUUUGUGCCUGUCGGACCAGCAAUCGGUCUCGAUCUCGCAGAAACGAGAAACGAGAAAAGGCGAGGAAAAUAAUUUUGUUAUUGACAGGGAGUGAGCAUCACGGUAAUCUUUGAGUGGGUUCGGUGAACUGUAAGGUAGAAAAAAAGAGCAAAGGAAGCUGUUGAUUGAUUGAUUUUAAUGUGAACCGUGCAAAUAGUUGUGGCGAGACUUGAUAGAAAUAGCCGGUGGCGAGUGAUUUUGAUAUUUGCUGUUUUCAUUCUGUGAAGAACGAAGACAGAAUAGGCUGUCACGUCUGAUUUAAACUACAUGUAGAAAAUAAAAAAUGAAAUGAAAACAAUCAUCAAGAGUUCAUGCCCCCAAUCAACAGUUCGUUCGUGAACUUGGAACAAUGAUAUUAAUUACAAAUGGAAGCAUAACAAUAUUCAUGAUAGUAUGAUGAUUAAGCAUGGUUGUAGGUAAUUUGGUUUGGACAAUAAUCUGACUGACAAAAUGCACAUUUACCUGCAAGGAACGAAGACAAUGUGUCAUCACGUCUUCGACCAAAUAAACAGGUCAAAAGUGCUCGAAAUGAAGAAACGAAUGAGGAUUUAAGCAAUCCGCACUAAGGGGAUAAAAGAGUAAGGGGUUACAAAUCCUUCAGUGGCGUAGCGAGGAGAUUUUCUUUGGGGUGUGCCCGAGUCAAAUUUGCCGACUUGUAACUUGUUUGCCAACCUCGUGUCUAGUAAAAUUCACAAAGUGAUCCAUGGUACGCUACCGUGCUUCAGGGGAAAUGCCGACAGUCAACGCAUAUCGUUUAUGUACUAAUUUUGGAUUCAUUUGCCGACCAAAUCCCCAUUUGCCGACUGGAAUUAAUGUGAGGGGGUACCGUACCCCCCCCCCCCACACACACAACCCGGUCGCUACGUCCCUGAUUACAUGACUGAGCAAAGCUAAAGGUGACUCCUAAAAAGAAUCGGACAUUUUCACGAUUGUUAACAUGCUUAGAAAAACACUGAUUGGGUGACUGGGUAAUCAAUUACAAGGUUACAGGACUUAUACAAAAAUCAAAGCUUUGCGAGACCAUGAAGGAAGGACACAGAAGGAGUUACAACUCUGGUGCAUCAAAGUGCU